CUCAGAAAAAACUUAAAUGUCGACAAACAAUUCGGAGGAAAGAAUAGUUUCGGACACAGUUUUUACGAAAUUUAUUUGUUCGUUGAAUAUAAUAAAAAUUUACCAUUUUCCAUUCAGCACCUCAAGUUAUUUUAAAAUGAACAGUAAAGUGUUGAACAUUUUAAUUUUAUUAGCGAUGAAUUUUUGCUGUGCUCACAGUGAUAUAGUUUCCAUUGUACAAAGCUCUGUGUCAACAAUUUCUAAUUGGUAUGAUCGUUACAUCAAACCUCUAUGGACGUGGACAACGCUCACCACCCCUUCCAGUGUUCCACCAGAUGGAGACAUUAGUUUUUAUGAGCACGAAGAAGACAUUGAAUACAGUCCAUCAAUUCGAGAUGAAAAUGUUGUCUUAAUGGAUGUGAACGAGGACCAGUACAGACACUUCGAACUAGAAAAUACUGAGACUUACACCUACCUAUCAAAUUAUGAUGAAAACUUUUACGACCAAAUGCGAGAAAGUAAUAACAUGAUUGACUCAAAUAAUUUAGGCAUACUACGAAAAUUUUUACAACUUAUUGGAUAUACUCCGUCUACUUCACUGGAUGAUCAGAUUACUCUUCGACCACAUCCAGUUUCAAAUCAAACAGAUGGACUAGAUGUUCGGUUGACGUUAUUGUUCAAAAACCACGGAGAGAAUAAAUUGGUUGUGUCCAGGGAAAAACAACUUAAACUAAUAUUGCCGGGAACACUUUGGUGUGGUGAUGGCAAUGUAGCAAAAUCUGACCAGGAUUUGGGUUUGUUCCAUAAAACUGACAAAUGUUGUAAGUUUCAUGAUUGGUGUCCCAAAUACAUCGAAACAGGACAAUCGUUUAUGAAUUUGGAAAACAUUGGAGUGUUUACAAGGUCACAUUGUGAAUGUGAUACAGCAUUUUACAAAUGCUUGAAAAGGGCUGAUUCUAUAAUUUCGAAUAAGAUUGGAGAAACGUAUUUCAACGUACUAAAACCCCAAUGCUUUCGGAAGGAAUAUCCAAUCGUCGGUUGUAUUAAAAAAAGACGUGAUGAUAGAUGCGUUAAUUAUGUUGUUGACGAUUCAGCACAGAAGAGGUGGCAAUGGUUUGACAAUAAAAAAUACUGAUUUGCUGAAGAUGAAGGUGGCUCAGUGAAAUAUUUAGAUUUAAGCACGGCAGAGUAAAAUAAACCAGGCAGGAGCGGUUCAUUUUCGAAACGUCAAAUAAGGGACC